AUGGGCCAUGUCGUACAGCGCGGCAGCCUCCUCCCAGCAGCCUCCCCAGGCCGGCCUGCCUCCGGCCUGCCUCGCCUGCCUCCGGCCUGCCUCCCGCCUGCCUGCGCCGCCUUCCUCCGCCCCUCCCCAAGGCAGCCCAUGGCCGGACUCUGCUCGGCGCAGCUGCAGGGCGAAGCGGCAGCCUUCACCGCCGCCCUCCGCACUCUGGUCAACAACCCCCAGUUCAGCGAUGUAACGUUCGUGGUGGGUCAGGAGCAGCAGAAGGUGUUUGCACACCGCUGUGUGCUGGCGUGCCGCUGCCAGGCUUUCCAGGGGAUGCUCAGCCAGGGGCCGGUGGACAGUGAGGAGUCCCCCAGCAACAUCCCACCCCAGGGCCCCUUCAUCCUGGGAAAUGUGCAGCCUGAGGUCUUCCUGGCCGUCAUCGAGUUCCUCUACACUAACAGCGUCACUCUCAACAGCUGCAUUGCGCUGGAGGUGCUGACCUCGUCGGUGGAGUAUGGCCUGCAGGACCUGUGCAAGCUCUGUGUCAAGUUCAUCAAGGACACGCUGAGUGUGGAGCAGGUCUGUGAGGCCCUGCAGGCUGCAGUGACCUACGGGCAGGCAGACCUCCAGCAGCACUGCCUGGCCUUCAUCGAGGGUUGCACUGCGGAGGUGGUGCGAACACAGGGUUUCCACGAGCUGUCCGACGUGGUGCUGGCGCAGGUGCUGCGCAGCGACCGCUUGGCUGUGGAUGAGCUGGACCUGGUGCAGGCUGUGCGGGAGUGGGCACACGUCAGCUCGGCCGUCCUAGAGCGCCCGGUGCCCGAGGUGGCUGCCCUGCCCGUGCGGGAGCUGCGCCUGCCCUUGCUGGCACCCAGCGAGCUGGUGACACUGGAGAGCCACAACCAGCGGGAUCUGCUCAUCCCGGUGGAGAGCAUCGCGGCGGCCUGGCGGUCCCACGCGCUGCGGAAGGGCAGCGGGGUGCCCUCGCGCCUCUGCCGGCCCCGCCGUGGCACGCGGCCCCGCGACCACCACCGGCACCUGGGCCCACACGCCAAGUAGGGCCAGCACCGAGGUGCCCCCAGCCCGAGCAGGGGGCUUGGGCAGCGGCAGUGCCCCCCGGCCGGGUGCCCUGCAGCGGGGCUGACAUUGCCGUGGCCGAGAGCACCAGUGAAGGGCUGUGCCACAGCGUUGGG